AUGGUCGUGGAGGAGGGGAAAGCGGUUCAAAGCAUCGUUUCCGUGGAACCGAAGGCGAGAAAGGGGGUCCUAUCGUCAGCGGUGGACCUGCUGGAGAGGGUGGUUGUGUAUUUCACUGGUCACUGGGGCAAGCCCAAUUACUACCUCUCCGGUAACUUCGGCCCCGUGCUGGAGGAGACGCCUCCCUGUAGAGAACUCAAAAUCAGAGGAACCCUCCCGGUAUCUCCUACGAAUUUCUAGACCAUUGAGAAAAAGAAAAGAAGAAGAAAGAAGCUGGAAGAAAGUAACUUAUUCCAUCUUUGUCACCGGCAAUGAGCAGCGUUUUCUUUCUCCCUGUUCUUUGGCCAGGAAUGCUUGAAUGGGGAGUUCGUCAGAGUAGGGCCCAACCCCAAGCUGCCUCCGGUGGCUGAAUACCACUGGUAACUUUGUUGUCUUUGUGAAGAAUGCUGCAAGCUUUAUAGUUGCAUGGGACGUCACAACUCGGUUUUUAUGUAGUUGAGCAUCAACAUUUCUGCGAUAGGUCUCAGGUUGAAGACUCAUCAUUUGUCUUCUCCAUAUUUUGAUUCUUUUUGUGGUAGACUGUGGUAAAUCUCUUGUAUUCAAGAGCCCACCAAGUAAAUGUCAGUGAUUACGAUUCAUCAAGAUCUUUGGGCUCCCUAUCCUCUGUGUGAUUUUUGGGAGAUGAAGCUUGGCAUUGCAUCUGACAAAUUGGCCUGUAUUGCCAAACCGCCAUUAUUAUUUCUGAUUCCUUGCUAAGAGCUCAUCUUUCAUGCAUGUAGAUUUCCUUCUAGAAAGCAGUUGUUCAAUUACCUUAUUAUGAUGAUAGCUUCUGUUCUUGAAUUUCUUUCAGGUUUGAUGGCGAUGGGUAGGUGUUUUCAGAGUCCCUCCUGGAGAGAGCCUCAUUCAUCAAAGCUAUUUUUUUUCUCGCCAUGUGCAUCUUUCUGAACAAAAAUCUGCAGAAUCCAGUUUGGGUUCUUUGCUUGUGGCCCCAAAAAGGAUUUUUUUUUUAAUUCUUGCCAUUUUCACCGAAAACGUUUUAAGAGUAAAAAAUAUCGUGGAUAUUGAGAUAGACUGAUUGCUUUCUAUUAGAUUACCUACUUAAUUUAGACGGUACUAAAUCGUAUGAUUGCGCUUGUGCUAUGUGAGCUUCAUUCAUGUUACUAGAAACGGGCUUUGCAUCUGAUGGGACAUAUCAGAAUAAUCCUGACAUUAGAAUGAGUUGAACUAAACUGUGUCUAUGCAAAUGGAAUCAUCUUCGCUUAUUAUGGGUUUGUUCUGAAUUCUGAUAAAAUUUAUUAGAAGCUGAUUGGGAAGAAGAUUACUAAGUGGAAGCGCUUCUCUUGCUCACUGAUGAAUUUUAUGUGCCUUUAUGUGUUCUUAAAACGAUGGUGAUGAAGAAUGAUUCAUGGGAUCCGUAUCAAAGAUGGGAAGGCGAGCUAUGUCUCAAGAUAUGUGCAGACUUCGCGACUUAAACAGGAAGAAUAUUUCGGACGGGCAAAGUUCAUGAAGGUAAUCUGGUUAAAAAAACGGUGUUUUCACGUCGAUUAGCUUCCCUGUUUGGGAUAUCUUCCUAAUAACAUAUUAUGGAACAUUCUAAUUUCUUGAACAGUCAUAAAUAUUUUUUGUUCAUUAUUAAAAUUGGAGAACAUAAUGAGGCAGAACUAUCAUAAUUUCUAAUGACUGAUUAUUAGGGACUAGUCUCCAACUUUUAUGGCCUGUUCAAUGUCUUAUAGAGAAAACACUUUCAUCGUGGUUGCUCUUUCAUCAUCAGGUUGGAGACCUGAAAGGAUUCUUUGGGCUUUUUAUGGUUUAUAUUUCUCAACUGCGAGAAAAACUGAAAAUCUUGGAUCUUUCAUACGGAAGAGGAACAGGUAAGCUCAACGAGUAUGCCUGAUUAAAGUUCGUCUUAAAGCUGAGCUGAAUCUGCUUCUCAUUUUAUUUUUUUAAUUUUUGAUCAUUGGAUCUCAUGGUUUAGCCUGAUUUCAGCCAACACAGCUCUUGUAUACCAUCAUGGUAAACUCUUAGCCCUUUCAGAAGGUGAUAAACCCUGUAAGCACCUUUCCAUUUUUCUUCCUUUCUGUGAAUUUCCUUCGAAAACAUUAAAUCCCUUUGUAAAAAUUAUAUAGCUAUGAUUUGGUCUCAUUGAAUGAAGAUUAAUGGGACCUUUCCGAUUUCCUCGAACAGAUGUCGUCAAGAUUUUGGAAGAUGGAGAUCUCCAGACACUUGGGCUGUUGGAUUAUGACCGACGGCUAGCACAUUCCUUCACUGCUCAUCCGAAGGUGGAUCCAUUCACAGGUGAGGGUUUGAUGUUAUCUCGUCCCAAUGCCCAUCGUCCACCUGAAGGUGAUCAAGGCACUGCCUAGCAAGAAGUUUUUUAUGAUUCAUACAUGAGAAUCAACCAGGCAAGUCACUUGGCAAUGCUAGGAAGGUGCUGUCACGGCGAUAGCUAGUUGAUCAUCCAGCUCAAAUUUCGUAAAUUAAACCCAGAUUGCAAGAACAAGUUAAUUAGGUUUAGUAAUAAUCAAGAGGGAAAAAGGUUUUCUAUGAACCUAGCAUUAUGGGUGCAUAUUCUUCAUGUUCUGAAUAAUAGUGGGCUUAUCGCAUCCAUAUUCUACUAGAUUUUCCAACAUGAUUGAUUGAAUUGAAUCUAGGAGGCUCAUCUCUGUUGCAGAUGAGAUGUUCACAUUCGGCUACUCUCAGUCGCCACCAUAUGUUACCUACCGGGUCGUGACAAAAGAAGGCAUCAUGCUCGAUCCUGUCCCGAUAACGAUACCAGAAUCGGUGAUGAUGCACGACUUCGCAAUCACUGAGAACUAUGCAAUCUUUAUGGAUCUUCCUCUUUAUUUCCGCCCAAAGGUGCUUCGCGAGUUCAGAAGACUUGCAUCUCUUGAAUUUCUUUGAAGAACUUGCUUGAAGAGCUCUAGUGGCAAGUGACUGUGGAAUUCAAGUCAAUGCUUUGUUUCCUGGUUUUGAAAUGGAAUCCGGCUGUCUGCUUCUGUUCGUCGCAGGAAAUGGUCAAAGAAGGGAAGAUCAUCUUCUCAUUUGACCCAUCUAAGAAAGCCAAAUUCGGCAUUCUUCCCAGAUAUGCCAAGGAUGAGCUCCAAAUCAAGUGGUUUGAGCUUCCGAAUUGCUUCAUAUUCCAUAACGGUGAUCUCUCUCUCUCUCUCUCUCUCUCUCUCUCUCUCUCUCUCUCUACAUAGAUAUAUAUAUAUAUAUUUGCAUAAAUAUUUUACAUUACUGCAUUGUGUUGGUUCUUGGCCCAAAUACUGUGGAUGGAUGUUUUCUGAGCUGGGGGUUCAUCUCCAACAUUAUCCGUUUGUUCCUUUCUGGCAGCAAACGCCUGGGAGGAGGACGAGGAGGUCGUUCUGAUUACCUGCCGCCUUGAGAACCCAGAUUUGGAUAUGAUGAAUGGAGACGCAUCCGAGACGCUUGACAACUUCAAGAACGAGUUGUAUGUGAUCUGACGAUCUGAAGUACCAGCCAGGUUUUAGACUCGUUGACCAUCGGGUUUCUCUCUCCUUUCCACAUCAGGUAUGAAAUGAGAUUCAACAUGAAGACCGGCGCCGCCUCCCAGAAGCAGCUCUCACUCUCCAUCGUCGACUUCCCUCGGAUCAACGAGAGCUACACCGGACGGUCUGUUCCCUUUGCCCAAAGCAGAGAUAGAAAGAGAAUCCUCGCUAAAAAUGGAAUCUUGGCCGCAAUCGAUGAUCUCUAGUUCAUGCGGUUUUGGAAAAUUCGGUGUGGAUGCAGGAAGCAACGGUUCGUUUACGGGACCAUUUUCCACGCGGUGACGAAGAUCAAAGGCAUAGUGAAGUUCGAUCUUCAUGUGGAGCCGGAUAUCACCGGGAAGAAGAAGCUCGAAGUAGGGGGAAAUGUGCAGGGCAUUUUUCAUCUGGGGCCCGGGAGGUUCGGCUCCGAGGCCGUCUUUGUGCCUCGUGAACCUGGAGUCUCGUCUGAUGAGGAUGAUGGGUACUUGAUAUUCUUUGUGCAUGAUGAGAAAACAGGGUACUCUCUCUCUCUCUCUCUCUCUCUCUCUCUCUCUCUCUCUCUCUCUCUCUCUCUAAUUAUGAUCUUCUGUCCCCGACAACAUUCGGUCGCCAUCGCUGCAGGAAGUCCGAAGUCAAUGUUAUCGAUGCGAAGACGAUGUCUGCGGAGCCGGUGGCUGUCGUGGAGCUCCCGAAGAGAGUUCCCUAUGGAUUUCACGCCUUCUUUGUCACAGAGGUACGCUUUCCAGUUAGCCCCUUGGAUAGAGAGAGAGAGAGAGAGAGAGAGAGAGAGAUUUUGACGGGAUUGCUAAGUGGGCCUCUCCAUUUUGGACAGGAACAACUGGAAAAGCAGGGAAAGAUCUGA